AUGUCAUUUCAAGUUGAAACAACACCUAAUCAUUAUGUUGAUUAUGAAAUAUUUUCUUCUACGCGAUUUAAUCAACUUGGUCAACAAUUUCUUUCUCUUAUUAAUCCAAAACAUGGAACUACACCUAAUGAAAAUGAACCCGUCGCUAAAAAUGAAAAUGAACCCGUCGUUAAAAAUGAAACUGAACCUAUCGCUAAACAUGAAACUGAACCUGUUGCUAAAAUUGAAACUGAACCUGUUGCUAAAAAUCUUUUACAACAACCAUCUGAUCUUUGUCGACCACAACAAGAACAAACGACAUAUUAUUUAGCUAAUCAAGAUGUAAUUAAACAAAUUAAAGAUAAUUUUCUUCCACAUAAAUCCGUAUAUCCUUAUACACCACCAUCAUUAGUAAAUAAUAAUGAUGAACAAUUAACAACAUCAUUACUUGAAUGGCAAACAACAACAAAACAAACAGUAGAAACCAUACCAAAUCUUUCAUCACAAAUAAUUACAAUUGUUCAAUGUCGUUUGAAAGUAACAAGUGCUUUAUCAACAUCAUCUGAACGUGCUGGACGACAUGCUAUUCGUUUAUUUAUUGAUUCUCAACAACCGAAACCAAUGGAUGCAUUUUUAGAUAUUGUUAAUGAAGCACUUUUACUUGAUCUCGAUACUAUUAAAACAUUAUGGGAUGUUAAAGGUGAACAAAUAACUGAUCCAAUGGAUUUACUUCGUCAUGGUCGUUUAUAUUUUGCAUCUCGUGAAGAAGAAAUUACUUUUGAUGAAUUAGAUAUUAAUGAUAGUGAACUUGCUUCAAUUAAUCGCCUUGAAACAGUACGUAAUCAACUGUCACAACCAGCAUAUUUUGUUGAAAAACCUACUGCUAUAGAAAAAGUACGUAGUGCACAAUCAAGAAAAAGUACAUCAUUUAAUGGUGAAUAUCCUCGUUCAUCAUCUGGCCAUGGACAAAAUGCAAGUUAUACAGAUUUACAAACAUUUCCUGAAGUAUUUUUACGUCAUUAUACAGUCGGCGAUGUCGUAGGUGAUGGACGAUUUUCAUCAGUUUAUGAAUGUCGUGAUAAAGCCACUGGAAUUCAAUUAGCAUUAAAAAUUAUUGAUAAAACUAGAUGUGAAGGAUAUGGAUAUCUUAUUGAAAAUGAAUUAUCAAUUUUGCGACGUGUUAAACAUCCAUAUGUUAUUAAACUUGUUGAAGAAUUUCAAACAGAAUUUAAAUAUUUUCUUGUUUUUGAAUAUGUAUCAAAUGGUGAUCUAUUAACAGCUAUAACUACAAUGAAUAAAUAUAGUGAACAUGAUGUUGCUUUGAUGUUAAGUCAAAUAGCUUCCGCUUUAAAACAUAUUCAUUCAUUAGAAAUAGUUCAUCGAGAUGUUAAAUUAGAAAAUAUUCUUAUUGCAAAUCAUCCUGAUCAUAGUGUAACAUUAAAAUUAGCUGAUUUUGGUUUAGCACUUUGUUUGACUGAUCCAAAACCAACUAUUUCACCAAAUGGUAAUGAUCUAUGUGGUACACCCAUGUAUAUCGCACCAGAAGUCAUUCAAAAUAGAGAUUAUCGCGUCGAAAAUGAUAUGUGGUCACUUGGUAUCAUUGCAUUUACUCUUCUUAGUGGUAUGGCACCAUUUGAUGGAGAUACUGAUGAUGAAAUUAUAGCAAAUGUAAUUAAUAAAACAAUUGAUUUUAAUCUAUUACCUAAAAUAUCAGCUGAAUGUCAAGAAGCUGUAACAUUAAUGCUUGAACGAGAUAUAAAUAAACGAAUAAGUGCGGCUGAAUUAUUGGAACAUCCAUGGAUUAAACGUGAAAUGCAAAAACGAGUUGAACCUGUUAGUAAUACAUCAUCACCACGACGACCUAGAAAAGUAGCCACACAAAAACAACCAAUGUUAACAUUUUCUUCCGUUGACCAUCCACAUUCAUUCCAAUCAUCGAAAGCUGGUGGUCUUAUGAGUGAUAUUGAUGAACUAUAA